CCCAAAGUGGGGCAGGGUGAGAGGCACAGAAAGAGCCCAAAGUGGGGGGUGUGCUUGUGAGAGGCUCAGGAAGAGCCCAAAGGAGGGUGGUGUGAGAGGCACAGGAAGAGCCAAAAAGGGCGGUUGGUUGUGGAGAGUGAGGCGUAGGAAGUUCCUAAGGGAGCUGAGACAUGGGAAGAAUUCAGGCAAGGUGGUGAGGUAACACAUGGGCUGACACAGAGUACGGGUGCACACAGGCUUAGUAACUGAGGGGAAAACUCAAAUGCACAAAGGGAGGUGAAACACAGGAGAUACACGGACUGGUACAGGGACAAAGCAGAACCAGGAAUCGCACAAGGACUGCCUGAGGACCCAACCUGGAAAGUCGACAGUAACUGAUGGGAUGGUCUGAAGAUUUGAGAAGAAUGCAACAACUGACACAAAGCCUCUACCACACAGAAUAUUGUCACAACAGCAAGUUGGAGCUCACAGAGACAUCAUAAAUAUUUUGCCAGCAUGACUGAACUUCAGGGAAAGAAAUACUGGUUUCAGUCUUAAAAGUGUUGAAACUACAAGAGGAAAUUGUUCUUAAAGGAUACUACAUACCACUGUGCUUGAUUGGAAUUAUACUUCAUAUGUUUUAGUUCCUGAAAGUUGCCAUAAUGAAAUUUUGCAACCUAUGGCUAUCAGUUGUAUUCGAUUAAAUUGUACUGUGUCAUGAAGACACUUGAUGCUACAGCUCACACGUCUUAAUAUGACUAUAAGGUGCCAGGGAUGUGAACUAAGAUCGAGAGAUACUUCUUCCUGAGAUUUGACCACGUUUCAGGCCAUACAUCUUGUCAAAUUGAAAAUGAGCUGUGUCCCCUGGAAAGGAGAUAAGUUAAAACUGGACUCUGAUGCUCAGGCAUCUGCUCUGAUUUACCACGAAAAGCAGAGGAGAGAGCUGUGUGCACUUCACGCCCUCAAUAAUGUCUUCCAGGACGGAAGAGCAUUCACCAGAGACGCCCUCCAGGAGAUUUUUCAGAGGUUGUCCCCCAAUACUAUGGUAACGCCGCACAAGAAGAGCAUGCUGGGAACAGGAAACUAUGAUGUUAAUGUAAUAAUGGCUGCUCUUCAAACUAAAGGUUACGAAGCUGUUUGGUGGGACAAACGAAGAGACGUUAAUACUAUUGCUCUUUCGAAUGUGAUGGGCUUUAUUAUGAACAUCCCCUCCAGCUUGUGUUGGGGUCCCGUGAAGCUUCCCCUUAAAAGGCAGCACUGGAUUGGUGUCCGCGAAGUUGCUGGGAUUUACUACAACCUCGACUCGAAGCUGAAACUGCCAGAUCAGAUUGGCAAUGAGGAUGAUCUCAGAAAGUUUCUGAAACACCAGCUGAGGGGGAAGAACUGUGAGCUCCUAUUGAUUGUGAGUGAAGAGGUUGAAGUUCAUCAGAGCUGGAGGACAGAUUGCUGACUUGGGGGAAGUCCCAGUAUGAACCAUGCCUUGCAGUCAUUGCAGCUCCAUGCUCAAGGGAUGAAGCAAAACUCUUAAACACAUCAGCUGUUGAAGUCUUUAUCGGUGGAAAAGGAAUUUCCUUUUAGCUCUACGUAUCUUUGAAAGACUUAAGUAUUUGAAAUGAAAGUUGGUGCUUUUUUUUAAAAAAAAGAAUUACUCAAGCAGAAAAUCGGAUGAGGGAUGAAAAGUGUCUAGUUUCUAUUUUGUUGUUUAGCGAAUUAAACAAUGUAAAUUGUAUAAAUAUUAAAAUUGGGGGGAAAUUAUCAGAAAUAAAAGCCAGACAAGGCUUCAGGUCAAGACUAAGUUAAGCAAGAAUUUCAAGCAGCAAACGCAUCCCAGCACCAAGGCCCAAGUAAAUCUUUUGGUCCAAAAGUUACAACAAAACGCUGGAAAUAUUCAGCUCAUCAGGCAAUGAAAGAACUGGAGUUAUUUUUUUAAGUCAGUGACUUUUCAUCUAGAAAGUUGUUGCUUGAUUUGGAAUAACUAACCAUCAGCAUCCCUGCUGAGCCUCUUUCCUAAUCAGCAGUGGUUUGCCAGUACUUUAUUUUGUUAAAUUGAGACAUUAUCACUUUUUCUCACUAACUAAUUGGGAAAUCAAGCAGACAUUUGUUUGGGGCUUGUGUUGCUAAUGAUGAAGACAUUGGGAUGACGUCUGUGCUGCACAAUGUGAAACUUUUUUUUUAAAUUUGGAAAUUGAUCCCUUCGCUGUCUACACACGGGAUCCCGUGUGAUUCAAAAGUGAUAAAUCAAGUUUUAAAAUUAAAUGUUUUGGCUACCUGCUUCUUAAAAUGGAUACCAAGAGUUUAAAAGUAGUAAGCACAUUGACAAUCUGGUCAAAGGUAUAGAGUAUUGUUAAGCUUGUUCAAAUCCUGUAGGUAUUAGUUUUCCAGUAUGUGUUGUAACUUGACAAAAGCUUGUACUACCUGUUAGUGCCAAUGAGAGUGUCUGUGUGAUUCAGAAUCCCUUUAGUACGUUUUAUCAGUGACAUCCAGGCAGUAACUUUAACAUAACUCACUAGGGAAUGGAGUCUGGCAGAUUUGCCAGUUGUACACCCUUGCCCAGUAUUAGUUUCUAAUGAUUACAAUAGGAGUGAAAGCAGCUGGAUGGGGUGUGAAACCUGCGACAAUCUGGUCUGUUUUCCCAGAACCGAUGGGGAGCUGACUUUGGGUGGAAUUCAACCCCCACGCCCCGACAUUAUGUCAGAAAAUAUUUGUCUGAUUGACCAAAGUCAGAAAUUGAAACCAGUGACAAGCCAAUAAAUAACUAAUGAGCAACAUGGACCAGUUAAAAGUCCUGGACAAGCAAGCAGUCUUUAGGCACCUUAAUAAUUGUCUGGACAAUCUAUUGGGGGAAGAAAAAGACAGCAGGGAGAUUCCAAAUUCCCCAAGUUAUAGAAUUUGUUAGCUAUAUUUCAUAAAAUUUAAGUUAUCUAAAUUAUGUAGCUUUUUAUUUAACUGUUCAGAUAACGCAGCCACUGUUGCAAGAACUGGAGACUGGGGUGAGCUGCACUCACUGAUGAAUAGAUGCUAUUUGUCCUCAGAUUGCGGAUAGAUCUGAUAACAAACACAGUCGUUCAUCUUGACCUGCAUCUCUGAGAGGGAUGCUCUAAACCAGCACAUUUUGUAGUUUAACCAAUGGUAUUGAGUCUUGCUGUAAGAUUGGGUGUUGAGGGAGGAGGAGGAGGGAGCAUCAUCCCAAUAGAAUCAUCCUUUUCAUAAUCACUGUUCCUGAUUUUGACUGCUUCCUGGCAGAUUGCACUCCUGGUAAACAUGUAUCCCUGUGGAUUUAGAUCUGCCUUGAAUUGACUUUACACUAAGAGCACUGGUUAAAUUAAUGACUCCUCUGCAUUUCUUGAGUGGGCAUGAUAACAAUGUGACUCAGACAUGUUGGAACCUAAAAUCCAGCAACAUGGACAAAAUGAUAAGAUGCAGGCUCCUUUGAUUAAAGAAAUGAGAAAAUGUUGAGAAGCCUCCAUCCCAUUCACUAGGUUGUGGUCAGAUUGAUCAUAGGCAUUGUAGUUCUGUAGACUGGGACCUCUGCAACAGGCAUCUCGGAGUCGGUCAAUUCCUCAUUGCUGACCAUAUGCCCUUGCCCCUCAGUUGCUGAGACUCAAAAGUACUUGUCACCAGCUGAGAAAUAUUACUGGUUUACAUCUUAAGAGGUGUGCCCAAACAGAGGGUAGGGAUGUGGGCCUUAGGAAGGAAUGGAGUUCAUUUCCAAAGCACCUUUCACAACCUCCAGAUGCUCCAAGAUGCUUUUGAAUUGUUUUCACUUUUGUAAUGGAAGAAUGAGCUUUAUAAACACGAUGGCCUCACAUCACCUGUUCUGUGUGAAAUCACCUGCAGACUGGAAUAAGUGGGUAUGUAGGAUUUGGCCAAGAGUUUGAAUUGACUGGAAACUGAAAUGAUUUGAAUUUUGUAAUUGCACUUCAAGGAAAAAAAAAUGAGAAAAGGCAUCUCAUUUUGGCAAAGUUCAUCUCCUUGGUGCAAACAUUCAAACAGAAGAAUUGCUAGCAGUGAGGAUUUUGGUUUGACCUUGAGCUCAGGCUCAGAAAGUGAUAAUUUGGUCAGCUCCCUUGUGGUUAAACUAGGGAGUUACAGACAGGUGAUGUCACAGCACAGGUUUGCAAGUUGGUAAAGCAGUCUGUUGGAUGCAUUUCUUUUCUGGUCCUGGUAAUGCUUUGAGUUUCCCAUGGAGCUGCUGUUCUCACUGGUUUGCUGUGAGUUGGAGUGCAGAAUAACUGGCGUCUUGCCACUUGGCCUGGACCUAUCUUGUUUCUAAGCCUUGAAAAUGUAAACAUCACUCAGCCCUCAAGUCUGGUAACCACUUCAAAGGUGGUGGAGUGUUGGAGAAAGAAAUAAGCAGGCAGUGGCCUGAAGGCAACACCAUGUGUACAGAAACCGAAGGGGAAACAUUGACGGAGCUACAGUGUCCCGUCAGAUGUAGAGUGCUCAGUUUAACUGUGUGAUAACAAUCAAAUGCUGAGUUAACAUUCGCAAAAGAAAUGAUGGAAACAAAUUGCAAAUCUGUUGACUGGCACUCCAUUCUGCAGGAUAAAGGAGGAUUAUGACACUGGCACAGUCCAGUUGCAUCCACGAGGAACACAUGGUAGAAAUUCCAAGUGGGGCGGGAGGGGGGAUUGACAUUGCAUCAACAUUUUCCAACAACCACCAGCUUCAAACUUCUGAAAACUGAAUCUAGAAAUCUGAAGGGUGCCUCAUUUGAGAAUCUGAAACUUACCCAAGAGCCAGGUCUUGUUACCAAAGACGAAUGAGUAAGAGAAAUGUGCAACUGAAGGCUUUUAUAUUUCGAAGUGUUUGGGAUGUAGAUUCAAAGUUUUCUUACACUUCACCAGAGUAAUACAACCUCCUUUAGCCACUGGGAUGGUGAUGAAUUUUCAGAUUUGCGCAGGAGGGAGCCAAGCGUUGGAGAUACUAUUUGUAGGUUGUGGGAGUUUUGGAGGUAGAACUGUGUCUAUUGGAGUCUUGAGACAGAUGAUAUUUGUAGGAAUGGGGGUGUGGAAGUGGAGCUGGUAUUUUGGGGUCUGGAGAUGGUAUUUGUAGGUUGUGGAAACCAAUAAGUAAAGAAAACGCAAUAAUGCAAAGUAGGUUUCGUUAGUCUUGAUGAGGAAUGCCCAUAAAUCCUUUGUGGCCAAAGUUGCAGGAAUCCAAUACUGCAGCAUUUCUGGAUGUGACCCACCUGUAAACCUCAUCUUUUUCUCUGGUACAGGUCAGCAGCGUGAACUGGAAGGAAAGCCUUUCUGCCAGGGAUAGUAUUUCGUUAAGGGGUUGGGUUAGUUCUGGCCGUCCUCUUUUCAAAGAAGUUGUUAUUGAGUUUGUGUAAUCAGAGAACUGACCAAAGUUUGUUGCAGUUGGCAGCCUCCCCCAGUCCAGUGUUGCUAUUUUUUUCCAGUAAUCCGAUUGAAGCAAGGAACGCUGAGCCCAUUUGCAGGCGACCAAUAGGGACUCUGCAAACGUGUGUAUCUCUACUGCCUCUGUUGCACUUUAAAUAUUAUAACUUUAUUGCAUAGUUAACACAGAAACCUGGCAUGAUUGCAGGCAGAAAGGAAAUCAGUUUGUAUUUUUACAUAAUUAACAUCCGGUCACUAUUAUUUAUCCCUUGAAUUUGGGAGAGGGAUGAACAGUGCAAUGCUGUAUAAUAAACACUAUAUAUUUGGGUAAUUGUGAGGGUCAUUUUUGUUACAAUUCCUCAGGUCCCAGAAAUUGAGUUUCUGACCUGCCAGCCUUGUGACCCUUCAGCCUAUUUUGUGUUGUGUCUGUGAAUGGAAAACAAAACCCAUACUGUUUGAGUAAAAUCUUCCAUUAAUUUGUUUAAAUAUGAAACUAAUAGUUUUUUUUUGUGGCCUUAAUGUGUAACAUAAAGGAGUUUAUGGCUGUGUUUAAGAAAAGUAACUAUUAAACUUUUCUUGGCAACACA